AUGGUUGCUAAGGAAAAUAUACUUUCUGUUGAAUUGCAGGAGAGAUUAAAUCACUUUCAGGAUGAAUUUUGGGUUCCUAAGGAGAAGUUGAAUCAUAUCAUUGAGUAUUUCAUCUCUGAGUUAAACAGAGGCCUCCACGAUGGAACUGAUCCAUUGGGAAUUCCAAUGAAUGCCGCAUGGGUUAUGGACUAUCCAACUGGUAAUGAAAAGGGUGACUAUCUUGCCCUUGAUUUGGGUGGUACUAACAUGCGUGUUGUUGUGGUUCAUUUGUUAGGAAACCACAAGUUCACUACAGAGCAAUCGAAGUUUAAGCUACCUUCGACUAUAAGAACUACAAAAAACAGAGAGGAUUUGUUUGGAUUUAUCGCUGAAUCCUUGGGAAAGUUUCUUAAGGAGAAGAAUCCGAACGGAAUUCCAGAGGGAAAAGUGUUCCCACUUGGCUUCACGUUCUCUUAUCCUUGCACACAGACCAGAGUCGAUGUUGGUGUUUUGCAGAGAUGGACUAAAGGAUUUGAUAUUCCUGGUGUUGAAGGUGAGGAUGUCGUUGCUCUUUUGAAAAAAGAUAUCAAGAAAAGAAAUUUACCAAUCAAGAUUGUCUCGUUGAUUAACGAUACGUGUGGUACUUUAGUCGCUUCUCGUUAUACCGAUCCUCUUACUGAAAUGGGAUGUAUAUUUGGUACCGGUGUCAAUGGGGCUUAUUAUGAAAAGGUGUCCAACAUUAGCAAGAUCGAUGGUACUCUUGAAGAUGAUAUUCUUCCAUCAUCCAAGAUGUUGAUUAAUUGUGAGUACGGAUCUUUUGACAAUAUCCAUAAGGUCUUGCCAAGAAAUACGUAUGAUAAGGAAAUUGAUGAAGAAUCUCCAAGACCCGGACAGCAAACUUUCGAGAAAAUGACUUCGGGCUACUACUUGGGAGAGCUUAUCAGGAAGUCGAUGCUCGAAUGCUACAACGGAGGAGUCCUUUUCAAGCAUUUGGCAAAGAACUCGGAAGGUGCUAAAAAUUUGAAUAAGGCUUAUCUUUUGGAUACUUCGUUUUUAUCAGCUUUGGAAUCUGACGAGACCCAAGAUUUAUCCGAGACUGAUUCUCAGUUUAAGGAAACAUUGGCCGUGCAGACCACUUUAGAAGAGAGAUUAUUUGCUAAGAAGUUGGCCUCCUUUAUUGGAACCAGAGCAGCAAGACUCUCUACUUGUGGUAUCUCUGCCGCCUGUAAGAAGAUGAACUACAAGCACUGUCAUAUCGCCGCUGAUGGUUCUGUUUUCAUGCGUUAUCCUCACUUCCCUGAAAGAGCUGCACAGGCUUUGAGUGAUGUUUGGGGUUGGGAUGGUAUGAAGAUGGAAGACCAUCCAAUUCAAAUUGUCAGAGCUCAGGAUGGUUCUGGUGUUGGUGCUGCAAUUAUUGCCGCCUUAUCCGACAUCAGAAUAUCCAAAGGAUUGUCAUUGGGAAUGAAAAAAAAUUAA